AUGACGGGUAUGGUGGCACUUGAGUUAUCGGUUCUGGGUAGGUCUGUUGUUAGCGCAAAAGCCUCAAACUUGAAGAGAUAUGGUCAAAAAUCAAACCUUUCUGGUAGACUUCUCUCAAGAGCUGAGCUGCACUGCCCUGUGUUGUCUAAAAACUCCAGUUUGAGUUUUAGAUUUAGACGAAGUUGUGAACUUAGCAGCUACAGAAGUAGUCGCUUUAUGCUGUUUAGCUCGAGUCAAUGUCACGAUGGGAGUCAGCAGAGUUCGGAUUCUGGGGGAAAAGAGCUGGAGUUGAUUAAGGUUUUGCUGAAGCGUGGGAUUGUUAUAGGAGCUGUGGUGUGUGGAGUUUAUUUAUAUGGAUGUCAGAAGGUGUUGGCAUCAAGCGGUGUGGUGGAAACAGGGUAUGAGGUGUUUGGUCAGAGCUUAGUAUUGUUCAAGAAUGCUUUGCCGAAGAUUUACCAGGUUCUUAGGGUUCUUAGAGAGCAAGGUCUGAUAUUGGCUGCACUGCUCAGCCUCUCAGCGUUCUUCUCUAUGGCAGAGACGUCCAUUACCACUCUGUGGCCUUGGAAGGUGCGUGAGCUGGCUGAGAAAGAGCCAGAGAAUGGUGUAUUCAGAAUGCUCCGUAGUGAUGUUACCAGAUUCUUGACGACUAUUCUUAUUGGAACAACUGUUGUGAAUAUUGCGGCAACUGCCCUGGUCACUGAAGCAGCAACAGCUAUAUUUGGGGAAGCUGGUGUUAGUGCAGCCACUGGACUGAUGACGGUGGCUAUAUUACUCCUGACUGAGAUUACUCCAAAAAGUGUUGCGGUGCACAAUGCUCAAGAAGUUGCAAGGAUUGUGGUCAGGCCAGUGGCGUGGCUUUCCUUAGUAUUAUAUCCUGUCGGAAGAAUUGUCACAUAUCUGUCAAUGGGAAUACUGAAAAUUCUUGGUUUAAAAGGACGGAGCGAGCCAUAUGUUACUGAAGAUGAGUUGAAGCUGAUGCUACGGGGUGCAGAGUUAAGUGGCGCCAUUGAAGAAGAGGAGCAGGAUAUGAUUGAAAAUGUGCUGGAGAUCAAAGAUACACAUGUUCGAGAGGUGAUGACUCCUCUUGUUGAUGUAGUUGCAAUUGACGCCAGCGGCAGUCUAGUUGAUUUCCAUAGCAUGUGGGUGACCCAUCAGUACUCGAGGGUGCCUGUUUUUGAGCAGCGUAUAGAUAAUAUAGUGGGAAUUGCAUAUGCUAUGGAUCUUCUAGAUUAUGUUCAGAAGGGUGAUCUGUUAGAAAGUACUUCUGUGGGAGACAUGGCACAUAAACCUGCUUACUUUGUCCCCGAUUCAAUGUCAGUUUGGAAUCUUCUUAGAGAAUUUCGCAUAAGAAAGGUUCACAUGGCUGUUGUCCUUAACGAAUAUGGUGGAACCAUUGGUAUAGUAACUCUUGAAGAUGUGGUGGAAGAGAUUGUUGGUGAAAUAUUUGAUGAAAAUGAUUCGAAAGAGGAGAUUCAGAAGAAAACAGGGUAUAUUGUGAUGAGAGACGAGGGGGUAUACGAUGUUGAUGCUAAUACAUCAAUUGAUCAGCUAUCUGAAGAAUUGAAUAUAAAGAUGCCAGAGGGGAUUCAGUAUGAGACAGUCUCAGGCUUUGUGUGUGAGGCCUUUGGGUAUAUCCCAAAAACGGGAGAAAGUAUAAAGGUUGUUCUUGAAAAGGAAAACUGGGAAGAGCAUGGUGAAGACGAGGAAGGUAACAAACAGGAGAAGCAGGAUCCGAAGGAAAAACACCAAAUCUAUAGAGUUGAGAUUCUAGCAGGAAAUGCAAGAAAAGUGAGUGCUGUCAGGUUUGAAAGAGUCAACGACAUGGAUCAAGUGUCGGAGGCAAAGGAUGUAAGAAGCAUGGUUCCUAAGUUUGUGAGGAAAUGGAGCAGCGAAGAGGAUGAUGGGAACUCAUCGUACCAAGAAAAACCCGAGGAUGCCGUCUCAGAUGAAGAACAUGUAUUGGCUGAUAACAGCAACAAACAACAUUGACAUUGAGAAAACAGUUUUUUUUUUUUUUCAGUUUGAAAAGGAAAGAGGAACAAAAACAGACAUUAGGGAUGUCAAAGCUCUUUAACUCAAAAUAAGAAGUAAGCUCACAAAUACAAGAAGCUUUCUUCUUAUCUUUCAAUGUAAUAAUCAUGAGAAAGUAUGAUUGGUUUGAUCAUGUGAAUGUUCUUGCUGCCACUGAUAAAUGCUGAAUACAGUUUUUAUUGGUACAAAUCGAACAUUAGGUGAUGAGUUUUUAAUGUUAUUGUUC